UAGUACCAUCGAUUGUUUGACAUCUCUGCUACACGCGGCUAUAUUUAUAAAUCAACACCACAUCAAAAUGGUAUCCCAGCAACAGAUCGAAGCCAUUGGGGGAGUCCUGAACAACAAGACUCGACCUUUAAAGGAGCGAUUCCGGGCCCUGUUCACGCUGAAGAACAUCGGCGGAGAAACGGCCAUAGAAGCGAUCAGCAAAGCCUUCGACGAUGAUUCAGCUCUGCUCAAACACGAAUUGGCCUACUGUUUAGGGCAGAUGCAGGAUGCCCAGGCCCUAGAUAUUCUCACCAAGGUUUUGAAGGAUACCACGCAGGAGCCAAUGGUACGCCACGAGGCGGCAGAGGCUAUGGGAGCCAUUGGUCACCCCGAUGUAAUCCCUAUUCUGGAGAAAUACAAAGAGGAUCCGGUGGUCGAAGUGGCCGAGACUUGCGCCAUUGCCUUGGAUCGCGUUCGUUGGCUGCAGAGUGGUCAGAAGGUGGACGACAACAACCCCUACGCCUCCGUGGAUCCGUCACCACCAACAGCGGGUGUUAAAUCCGUCGCCGAACUGAAAACCAUAUAUUUGGAUGCCCAGCAGAGUCUAUUUGACCGUUACAGGGCUAUGUUCAGCCUUCGCAAUCUGCGUACAGAGGAAAGUGUUUUGGCUAUAGCCGAGGGAUUAAAAGACUCCUCCGCCCUCUUCCGACAUGAAGUGGCCUUCGUUUUGGGCCAGCUGCAGGAACCCUGCAGCAUUCCCUUCCUGCAAGAGAAUCUGGAGGACCGUUUCGAGAACGAAAUGGUGCGCCACGAGUGCGCCGAGGCCUUGGGCGCCAUCGCAACAGAGGAUUGCAUACAGAUCUUAAACCGCUAUGCCGAGGAUGACAAGCGAGUCGUUAAGGAGAGCUGUAUCAUUGCUUUGGACAUGUGCGAGUAUGAGAACAGUCCGGAGUUCCAGUAUGCUGACGGUCUGACCAAGCUGGACGGGACCAAGUGAUUUAGGUUACCCCUUUACUGCUUUAAACUGUAUAUAUUAUUUGUAAACUUGAUCUGUCACGUAUUGUGAUUACACGGACCUAAUCUUAUCAAGCUAAAAGAAAAUCGAGACUUGAUUUUCUACCAGGGAACCGGGAUCAUCAUCACUCACUUUUUACUGCUAACUAAAUAGUUAGGUUAAACUUAUUGCUUAAAAGGGCAUCUGUGUCAAUUGGGAUAAAUUAAAUAUUCUAUAGAUUGAGAUUUAGUUCAAUGUAUAAAUAUUUAAAUUAACUGAGAGUUAGAACAAGCAAAGUGGCAACUCUACUAAAACGGAACUAAUUUAAAUAUUUCGGCUGCAUUCGAGUAAUUUUUUCAAGCUUCGUUUAAGAAAUUGAACAUUUUAUUAAAUUUUUUCCCACGAUCAAUAAAAUUUACGGCAUAAAAAAUCCCUAAAAUAAAAAUUACCGCCACAGUGUGACCACUUGGCGAUACCCCGCAAA